AUGUUAUCGAUGCAUUCUAGUUUAGAGAAGAAUUUUUCUGGUGUUUUCGAGGUUAUAUUAUAUACUACUGGGGUAGUUGCUCACCAACAAUUCUACUGUCAAGGACGAAAAGAAGUUAUGAAACACUUACAAACAUCCACUGCAAAUUCAGUUACAUCGCAUAUACCUACAUCUCCUGGUAAUCAUACUGUUUUAAACUGUUCUACAACUACUACCGGUUCACCAGCUAGUAAACGCCGUUGUACUACAACUGAAAAUCUUUCAUCUACCGCUCAUAAUCUAAAUCACACUAGAAUUAUUUCAACUAAUCAAACAAAUUCAUCCACAUCUAGUAGUGGUGAUGAAGCGGAAAGUAUUAAAAGUAAUCGGCUAUCACCACCAUCCAGUUCUAAAUUAUCGCCAAAUCGUCAUUUGCCAAUAAAUCAAGAAAUUAACGCAGAUUGUGAAACAGAUCAGUCAAUUUCAACAACUCAUUGGGAACCCUGUGGUGCAAGUGAACUACGUUGUUCUGCAUGUGGUUAUGUUGGUCAAACUUCACGUGGCAUGAAAAUGCAUAAAAAACUUCAUGAAUGUAACGGUACGACAUCAAAGAAUCCCAAAUCAAUUUGUGAAAUAAAGACGGAAAAUGAUAUUCUCACUAAUAAUUUCGAUAUUAAUCUACACGUUGGCAAUGAUCAUAAUUCACCGUCACGAAAUGAUAUCAAAAAAUUACACAAUUUAACUAAUGACACUCAAAACAGUGACGCAUUUCCAGAUGAUUUUGUCAAAAAAGAACAGUUGUAA